GAUAAACAGCAUGAUGGUGAUGCACUACAUCACCACCUUGCUUUGUUAUACACAGUACAUCUAGAUUCAUCCUGCUCUGAGUUGUCUACUGCUAUUCUGCAGUCAACGUGAACGGAAAGAAUGAAGCUGCUUCUGCAGUCGCGGCCGAUGCUGCUGCUUCUGGCUCUGCUGUGCGCACCGUUCUCCACCGUGGUCCUGGCACAGACCACGCAGACCAACUCGCUUCCCGCGCUGCAGGCUAUGGUAAGAAGUGCAUGAUUGAGUAGUUCUUUUUGUAUCAAUCUCGAUAUUCAUCACGCAGUACGCGUACAACUCGAUCUAGACCAUGUUCAUCAGAGCAUGUGAUUUCAUAUUGCAGCAAGUUACAACAUUGAUUUCCAACACUACAGAUGAACGCCGCAGCGAUGACCAUCAAAGCGCGCAUUGGGCAAGAGGACGAGACGGGCUUUCCUCAGACCCCUAAGGACGCCUACUUCGCGUCCUACAAAACCUACAUGGGCUACAUGCAGAAUGUGGGGAACGACAUCGCCCAGAUCAUAUGCAUUGCAAAUUAUCGAUCUGGGCUUGGAAAUAAGGCGCGGGCACUUGUUGGCAGGCAUCUUUCUUUUUCAACGCAUGAGAGUGAGACCAAAUUCGUGAAUCUGAAUCUGACUUCCAUCCACCUGCGAACCAAUUCGGCAUCACAAAGUCCGUUCUAUCGAGGCCCAGACACAUAUUUACAAUGUAUAGCUUACCGCCCUGCACAAAACGCUGAAGGAUACCGACGAUGGGAGCACCCGAUAAGAGUGUUUGUGUCCACAGCGUCCGCUUCACUAUCAACUGGAACAAGCUCGUUUGAUGCGUUUGUUCUCUUCAUGCCCCGUCAUCUGGUUUGUUUUUUCGAAGAAAUUUUACAACAGUACGCAGAUCGGAGGCACUAACGUAGAUCUAAAUUUGGAGAAGACUGCAGCUUUAUUCAGUAACACUUAUCAGGAUUGAAAGUGUUGUUGAUGUAACAAGUAAUUUAGCGAAUGAGGUGGCGUUGGCGAAGGCGAGCGUCGCGAAGCUGCAUGCAACAUCACAGCCGGCGUCGAUUACAUUGCAGCACGACGGCAGAAAAGAUUUCGUGACACAGGAGACACCAGAAGGGGCAGUACAAAAGUACGUCUGGGUUUCGUUUCUGUUUCGAUAAAUCAAUCAAAGCAAGGUGGUUUCAUUUCGCAAGGCCGCCGCGGGAAGGAAACGAGACAUCAAGAAGUUGUUGUGAACAAGAUGCUGUUCCUCUGCACGAGACUGAGUUGCUCUUGCUUCAAAUUUGAUGAUGGCCAUGAUCCUUUUAUAUUGCAUUUGUUUUUUGAUGAGGCAGAAACUUCCAUCUGGUGAAAAUAUAAAUAAUUGAAUUGGAG